AUGGCCGAAGUAUUCGGCAUCGUCUCCGCCGGCGUGGGCAUCAUGGCUUUCAUAGGCCAGGUGUCUGCUACUCUUGAAAAGGUGAACGAUGCUCAUCAGUUUGUCAAGGGCAAGGCUGCUGAAGAGAUCGCGUCUUUGCAAACGCAGCUCCACCUCCUCCAGAUCAUGCUGCAGACCUUGCAACCAGGAGACGACAAUGACAUGGAUGUUCUUUUGACGGGCUAUCACUGGCAUCAGUUCAACACUAUACAAACAUCCUUGAGCAAACUCUCUACAAAGCUGCACGAAAGACUUGAGUCCUCUUCAUCGCUUCGCCGCCCAAGUUGGAGACUAGUCAGCAAUAAGGCCGAUCGACAACUGCGGGAAGAGAUAACAAGUGCAAGCCUGAAGAUUCAGGCCUUGAUUCAGGUCAUUCUUUUGCACGCUGUUGUUAGGCCCCGCCAACUUCCACCCAAGCCUGGCAUCGAAGUCCAUGAAUUGCCGCCAGUCAAGGUUCCGAUAGAAGAUCUCUGCAUCACCGAUACUAUAGCUGACAACAUGUUACUUGUUCAAUCCUCGAUCGAGCAAGCUAGGUCUGAAACAGUCAUUAUGAACAAGACUGUGGAAAAGGUUGAAACAACAUGCGAGCCCAACACUUUCACCUCGAGAACGACCAGCUUUAUUGGACAACCGCGUCGAAACGAUGUCUACACUUGCAGCAAUCCAGGGUGCUGCUGUAAAUGUCAUAUUACAGCAAAGAUCCAGAGGAGGUUCUGGGCGUUCGAAUACACACCUCUGUCAAUUUAUCUCAGCGACUGCGACGAUAACCUGUGCAACUCUCGGAGGGUGCGUCUGGGAUUUCGGGUAGCCUUUUCACAGUAUGGCAUUCCAUUUGCUGUAUCGAUUGGAUUUGAGGCCAUCUCAGAGGCAGGGAUGCGCACAUUGCAGCCUACGCUCCGGACCCAGCAGAUUGUCAAGUAUACUUCGCCGGGCUUUCAGAUAUUGUGGCUAGCGAUACAAAAUUUCGUUACUGUUGACCAAGCUAAAGAGCAACUUUCGGACUUCUUCCAACGAGAACCCACGGCGAGAAAUCACGUCGAUCCGUCGGGCAAAGGUUACCUCGAGGUACAAGUCUCUCACCAAUUGUGGUACUCGGCUCAUAUUAUUGACUUCGGCACAGGCCAUGCCUUGGUUGUCAACACAAUGCAGAUCCAGAAAACAACAGUCUGGAUCCACAGGACGCCUUGUUUGGAGGCUUGCGCAACUCCCCUAGGUCAAACUCCUCUACACCUCGCCGUCGUCGACGAUCAGAUCCUGGACCUGAUUUUGAACAGUGGACAUAAUGUUGAUGUUAUGGACAGCUUCGGCGACACCCCCCUUGCCUACGCCAUCAGGUUGGGACGGUGGUAUCCAAUAUCGCGACUGUUGACUUAUGGUGCCAGUCUUCCGAUGGGCAGCCUUGGAUCGAGUUUCUCAGAACUGAUGUCCUCCUACGGGGACAUCGAUAUUGUGUCCAGCGCCCUGGCUCUAAUUCAAAAGCUCCGUGGAGCUGAUGUCGCACAGAGUGUCAUUGGGGGAUUGGUACAUGCAGGUUUUAUUGUUAAUGAGUCACGCCGCUCUAAAAAUUACCAGGAGAUCUACGACAUGCUCAUGGGACGGUGGACAAGUUCUUCGAUCAUCAAGUAUGAGGUCAGAGGCAGAAGCAUCAUGCAUGUAGUUUCAACGGUGCAGGAAGCACGGAAUCUUGUCCAAAGAGGCUUCAACAGAUUCGAUUUGGCUAGCUCUUACGGGCACUUGGCCAUUCAUGAGCAUGCUUACCAGGACCGGGACUCUCUCGUUGAGUUCUGUAUCGAGCAUGGAUCAAACUUGGAGCACAAGGAUAAGUACGGGCUCAAUGCUUUCUCAUCCGCCUUCUCGAGACUGAGGUUUAGUUGGAAGGGCCACAAAGCUUCAUGCAUGCUUUCAUCCAGACGCAUUUUACGCGCCGGCACCAACGUCAGAAAAGGAGGCAGGUGCAAAUGCGUCUGCACAUCCGCAGAUAUCGGCUGUUCAUCUGCCGAGAAACGGAUUCAUGCGGAUAUCGUAGGGCCGCGCGAUUAUCAUUGCCCAUCGUGGAUUACCACUCUGCAAUACCAGUCUCUCCUAGGCGACUUUCAGGGCGUUCAAUCAAGUCGCACGGCAUUACUUGGUGUGAUAAGAAGACUUGAAUUCGAUGCCUUGCGCAUGACACAUGCCUGCCGAUGUUGCAGAAACGGAUCCUACCAGGUACUCAAGGACACUCACAUUGACGAAACCCCUGUUGAGCAAUCGCACCUUUUACAUCGUCUCGACAGCAGCAUGAUGAAUCUUCGUGCGAGACCUCUAUCGACUUUGCAACGCGAAUUUCUGCUUCGCUUUAAGCAAUCUCCGGCAGCUCGUUUACACAAAAGCAGCAGACGUCUCAGACCAGCGAAUUGGCAGGUAAGCAAACAAAGUCUCAUCAACGUAUUGACCUUUGCUACCAAGACUGUUAGCCUCGCCGUGAUUGGAUUGUAG